AUGUUAGCUGAAACAAAAAUUGUGUCUGAUCAACUAACUGAAGAUGCCAUGAAGCUGAUGGAGGAUGUUGACUACAAUGUGUAUGAUGAAAAACAGGAGGUCUUUCAGAGGGAAGCAGAGGGAUUUGAGAACCUAGCACGUGCUAGAGGGGAAGGGACCUCUUCUAGUUCAGGAAACAAGCAACCUAAUUCCUUUGGAAUGAGUGAUUCCGGUCUCAAUGGAAUACCUUCCGCAUAUAAUACUGCAAACAAUGAGGAUGAUUGCUUUGACAUGUUUGCUGAAGAUGAUGACAAAUCUACUAUUGAUCCAUCAGCUAGCAUUGGAUCUACAGAAAACGAUUAUGUAUUUGAUGAAUCCUCAGGGACUGUAUUGCAGUGCAUCAUCUGGACAGCGGCAAUAUAUUAUAUAAUGUGUUCUUGUAACCAAGAAACUGGUGCCUAUGAGGCGUUGCCAUCAGGGAAGGCAAUGGAAAUGGAAUUGCAACAUAGUGUUCAUGUAACCAAGAAAUUGGUGACUAUGAUGAGUUGCAAUCAAGGGAAGGCAAUGGAAAUGGAAUUGCAACAUAGUGGAAUGGAAUUAGAAUCACAGGUUUCGCAUCCUGCUGUGCAUGGUACUUAUGGAAGCUUCAUUCAAAUUUCAACAUGUUUAGGGUUGAUGGGAGCUCUUUUAAUCAGGAUUCCUGUAAAGAGCAUCUCAGGUGGCGUAUCUGCUUUUGGUUAUCUACAAUUCCAUCCAUAA